CCUCCACCGUAGCGCCCAUCGCGUCAGUAAUCCAUCCAUCGACCGAGAACAGCCCUAGCGAAAAACAAAAAACCACCGCCGGGGACGCUGCAGCAGUGGACAGAGGAGGGUCCCCCGCCCUGGCUUUUUUUCUGUUUUUGGUCCUGCGUUGCCAGAAAAUCGCUCAAAAUUCGGGAGAGACGGCGGGUCAGAAGGAGCCAGCCAACCCCAAGUGUCGACCAGUCGCCCAGGACGGACAUCAUUUCCGGGCUCGCAGUUGGUGUGUCCCGUAUGGGCAUUGUGCCAGCAGGUGGCGCCCUGUGGACAGUGGACUGAGCCGCGGGGGCUUGCUGUGUGCAUAUGUGUGCGUGCUUGGCAGGUGUGAGCGUCCUUGUCUGUCCCAUUCAUCAACAAAACAAACAUGGAAGCCAAGCCUCAUUCACUUGUUGAGCUGCAAGCGCUCUCGGGCCGCAGCCUCGCCCGGUGGCGGAUGUGCUACGUCGCAGAAAUGUCAGAAUUGUCGGCGAUGCGCGCACUUGCCGUGGACACGUCAAAGUUGCCCUGCCGCGGCGCCAAGAGGCCGACAUACCGAGAAGCCUUGGGGCCGUGCUCUCGUCGCCAGACCGAUGUCCCGAAAGGGGAACGAACAAUCAUAGAGCUGCUGCGAUAA